AUGGCAAUUUCAGUUGAAAGCCUCUUCAAAGAGAAAAAAUACCCUUUCAUUUUUACCUUCUUGGUCUUGCUCAUUUUUGUCACCAUCCUCCUCCUCACCAACAACGCCACCACCACCUUCGAUCCAAUUUCCUUCUACCCUGAUGAUGUCAAAGUCAAGCAACAACCACCCCACAACCCUGCCCCUUCACUGCCCCGAAACCUGACCAAGAUCACAGUUUCCAAGGAUCAAGGAAUAAUGCCUUUUGUUAAUGUUUCUAUGAAUAUGGAUUGGAGGCUUUGUAGGGGUGCUGUGGCGGUAGAUAAUAUACCAUGUUUGGAUAAUCUUAAGGUCAUUAAGGCACUGAGAACAAGGAGGCACAUGGAGCAUAGGGAAAGGCAUUGUCCUGAUCCUACUCCCCGCUGUUUGGUGCCCCUUCCCAAAGGGUAUAAAGUCCCCGUUCCGUGGCCUAAGAGCAGGGACAUGAUUUGGUAUGAUAAUGUUCCUCAUCCAAAGCUUGUUGAAUACAAGAAGGAGCAACACUGGGUUGUGAAGUCGGGAGAAUAUCUUGUCUUUCCAGGAGGUGGUACUCAAUUCAAAGAAGGAGUUAACCAUUACAUUGAGUUCAUACAGAAGACACUACCAGCAAUCCAAUGGGGAAAGAAUAUCAGGGUUGUUCUUGAUGUUGGUUGUGGAGUCGCUAGCUUUGGUGGCUAUCUUCUGGACAAUAAUGUCAUUACCAUGUCAUUUGCACCAAAGGAUGAGCAUGAAGCUCAGAUACAGUUUGCUUUGGAACGUGGAAUUCCUGCUACUCUUUCUGUCAUUGGAACCCAGAAGUUGACAUUUCCUGACAAUGGGUUUGAUUUGAUCCAUUGCGCAAGAUGCAGAGUGCAUUGGGAUGCAGAUGGUGGGAAACCGUUAUUUGAGCUCAAUAGGAUUCUUAGACCUGGUGGUUUCUUUGCAUGGUCUGCAACACCAGUUUAUCGUGAUGAUGAUAGAGAUCGGAAAGUAUGGAAUGCAAUGGUGACUGUAACAAAAGCAAUGUGCUGGACUGUUGUGGCCAAGACUCUUGAUUCAUCUGGAAUUGGGCUUGUUAUAUACCAGAAGCCUACCUCAUCUUCCUGUUAUCUGGAACGCAAAGAGAAUACUCCUCCUUUGUGUGAAAAUAACCAUAGGAAAAAUAUCUCAUGGUAUGCCAAACUCAGUGGUUGCCUAACUCCUCUUCCAGUUGAUGGUGAGGGUAACCUGCAGAACUGGCCCAUGCCUUGGCCCCAGAGGCUCACCAGUAUACCUCCAAGCUUAUCCAUGGAAUCACAUGCCAGAGACAUGUUCCUCGAGGACAGCAAACACUGGUCCAAUUUAGUUUCAGACAUUUAUAGAGAUGGUCUUUAUAUAAACUGGUCAAGUGUUCGAAAUGUAAUGGACAUGAAUGCCGGUUAUGCAGGAUUUGCUGCAGCCCUCAUUGAGCUCCCUGUCUGGGUGAUGAAUGUGGUACCAAUUGAUAUGCCAGAUACUCUUACUACUAUAUUUGACAGAGGGUUAAUAGGAAUGUAUCAUGAUUGGUGUGAGUCCUUGAAUACCUAUCCUCGCACUUAUGAUCUUGUUCAUUCUAGCUUCCUCUUCAAAAAUCUAGAUCAAAGAUGUGACGUUGUAGAUGUGGUUGUGGAGAUAGAUCGCAUAUUGAGACCAGAUGGGUAUCUCGUGGUUCAGGAUUCUAUGGAAAUAAUUAACAAGCUUGGUCCAAUCUUGAGUUCACUUCAUUGGUCUGUAACAUUGUAUCAACAUCAGUUUCUUGUUGGUAGGAAGAGUUUCUGGCGUCCAAGGCCAUAG